AGCCGGGCAGGAAAAGAGCUUCUCUCUCUCUCUUUCUCUCCCUCCCUGUUGCACGCUGUCAGCUCAGCCCCCGCCUGCAAGCGCUGGGCGCCUGCGCAGAGGGGAGCUGCCAAGCCCCUCUUCCCUGCCUUUCCCCCCUGUCCUCCAUGGAGCAUCCCGGUGUUGAGAGCCUUGGCGGCGGCGGCGGCGGCCAGAGAAAGAGUGGCAGCAGCAGCCAGGAAGGCGACGAGCCCGAGUCUCCCGGCGACACUGCACCCGAGGAAGAGGAGGAGGAGGACGACGAAGAAGAAGAGGACGACGACGAAGAGGAGGAGGAGGAAGGAGGAGGAGCGGAGACAGGAGCAGCGGGGGCUGCAGUUUACGCGAUGAUGGAAGAUUGUUUAUUGAAGAAAAUAGAAAUCAGUGUCUCGGAAGCAGAGAAGCGGACUGGACGCAAUGCCAUGAACAUGCAGGAAACUUAUACUGCUUACCUCGUGGAAACAAGGGCUGUGGAGUCUCAGGCUGAAGGACAGUGUUCCCCCCCAGAUUCUCUUUGGAGGAGAUACAGUGAAUUUGAGUUGUUGAGGAAUUAUUUGCUGGUUAACUAUCCCCAUAUUAUUGUACCACCUUUGCCAGAAAAAAGGGCAGAGUUUGUUUGGCAUAAGCUAUCAGCAGAUAAUAUGGAUCCAGAUUUUGUGGAAAGGAGGAGGAUUGGUUUGGAAAACUUUCUCCUACGUGUGGCUUCACAUCCUAUCCUUUGCCAGGAGAAAAUGUUUAAUGCAUUUUUAACCCAGGAAGGUGGAUGGAAAGAGAUGGUGAAUGAAACAGGAUUUCAACUGAAGGCAGAUUCUAGGUUAAAGGCUCUUAAUGCAACAUUCAGAGUGAAAAACCCAGAUAAGAGAUUUACAGAGCUUAAACACUACAGUGAUGAGCUGCAGUCUGUCAUAUCGCACCUUCUGAGAGUCAGAGCUAGAGUAGCAGAUCGACUGUAUGGUGUGUACAAAGUCCAUGGAAAUUAUGGGAGAGUUUUCAGUGAAUGGAGUGCAAUAGAGAAGGAGAUGGGGGAUGGGCUGCAGAGUGCCGGUCAUCACAUGGAUGUGUAUGCAGCUUCUAUUGAUGACAUAUUGGAAGAAGAAGAACAUUAUGCAGAUCAACUGAAAGAAUAUCUUUUCUAUGCAGAAGCUCUUCGGACAGUUUGCAAGAAACAUGAACUUCUGCAGUAUGAAUUAGAAAUGGCUGUUCAGGAUCUAACAUCGAAGAAGCAGCAGUGUGAGGAACUGGCAACAGGAACUGUGAGAACAUUCUCCUUGAAGGGAAUGACCAGCAAGCUAUUUGGUCAGGAAACUCCUGAACAAAGAGAAGCAAAGAUCAAGGUGUUAGAAGAACAAAUACAUGAAGGAGAAGAACAGCUCAAAGCAAAGAACGUAGAGAGCCGAGACUUUGUGAAAAGUGCCUGGACUGAUAUUGAACGCUUCAAAGAGCAAAAGAACCACGACUUGAAAGAGGCUCUGAUAAGCUACGCUGUGAUGCAAAUCAGUAUGUGCAAAAAGGGAAUCCAAGUUUGGACAAAUGCAAAAGAAAGUUUCAGCAAGAUGUGAUGUAUGGAUCUUGGUCCGUCUUGGCAACGUGCCAGAAAAAAGAAGCACAAGUGCAUGGACUUGGAGACUAAAUUGCUAUCGUUAUUAAAUUGCGGAAUCAGUGUAGUUGUGUAAGUAGGGCACAAAGCAUUGGUCUCUGUUCCUUGAUGGCCACAUUGUGGCUUGUUUUGCAUGCAGUAGCAAUCUGAACAUUGCAGAGCUCUCUUGAGGUAAGGCUAUAGGGAGGAUCCAAAUUGACUACAACAGAUUACACACAACUAAACUGUUCACCGUACUAGGCAUUCUGAACCACCAAUCUUUGCACUAUGUAAAUCUUUUUUGGACGCCCCUUCUUAACACUUUGCUGUUUCACAUUUGUAAUGUUAGAAUACAUACUAACAUGGUGUUUUUUUUCUUGUAUUUUUUUUACCCAAAGCUUAAUGGCACAGAAUUUUGUUUUUCAGUUUCAACCCAUAUCCAUAACACAUCACAUGUGUUGUAUAUUUCUGAAGAAAUGUUGUUUUUCCAAAGGUUAAUUUAAUCUUUGUAUCAAAUUUUUGAAUGCUUUUUAUACCCACUACAAUAGGGGUGUUCUGUACAGUACUUUCAAUGUGAUGUUUCUGUGCUAGAACUUUAAAAACGAUAGGAAUCCACUAUAGAAUAUUUUUACUUGCCAGCACACAAAACUACACCAUUUGUAAGUAGAUAGUACAGUUACUGAACCUGACCUCAGAAAAAAAUGCUUAACACCAGCUUUAAAUUUACUCAGCAGCAUCCAUUAAGUUGAAAGAAUUUGGUUCUGUGUUAACUUCUUUUGUAAGGUGAUUAUGUUCAAUAUACAAUGGCUCUCCUUUAGAAUACUAAAAGUGGUGGCUUCCAGAAAAAUUCUAUUAAUUUGAAUUGGUUUUGCUUUGCACUUGUAGCAACAUCAAUGUGAAUGGCAUUUACAUGUCUUUGAAUUAAGUUUGUUUACUGCUCUUGUCUAUAUUACUUGAAAGGGAAAUGACUAGAAUGAGCCAUUUGGUAUCCUCUGUUACCGUUUAUUCAAGAGCAAGGUCUCUCUUGUUGGCUCUGCUAAAUCUUAAAAUUCAAGACACUAAUUCUCAGCGCACAUUGGCCUCUUCUGUGUAGUGCUAUUUAAAAUGUCACUUGAGUUAAUGUGGAAUCAAACCAGACCUAAUGGCAGCAAAGCUGCUUUGAGAUUAAUAUACUCAUUUGUCAGGUGCACAUUUAAUUAUUCCAGACAACAGCUUAUUAGUUACAUACACAGAUUAAGAGAUUCUUAAUGAGUUUGUUUCCCAAAAUAAGAUAAUCUUUGCUGCUGCAAUUAUAGAACCAGGUUUGUUGAAGGAAACAUUUGCAGCUAAAUUGAUGCAACUUUUUUAAAAGGUUAAUGACUAAUUUAAUAAUCACUCCAUCUCUUUUGUUAAAAAUAGAUAAUUUAGUCUGCUUAAGAGAUGUGUCUAUGCCAGAGCAUUCCAUUUCAAAGAACUGUAGAAUAUGGGUCCUAAACAAUAUAAUAAAAACUUGUACAUUCCAAAAACAAUAAGCAGCUACAAACUUAGAUUUUUCUAGUAAACUUCCUAAAGUAGCCGUGCCUUAAUUUAAUACCACUAGGCACUUGAAGUCAAUAUUUUCCAUGCACUUGAUCUUCCUGGUGCCUUCCCCUUACCCCUUAUUUCAUAUGCUUUAUAACUUAAAUGUAUUAGUAUGCCUUUUUCUUGCUAAAUGUAUUAAAUUUGAGAAGGGAUCAAAAGGUUCUUGUAUGCUUUGUGCCAAAUAUGCUAAAUAAAACUACACUUGAUUAUU